UGCUGCUCUGGAUGUGGAGCUCUCAGAUGAUUCCUUCCCCCCAGAGGACUUUGGCAUCGUCUCUGGGAUGCUCAACGUCAAGUGGGACAGGAUUGCUCCAGCAAGUAACGUGUCCCACACGGUGGUGCUGAGGCCCCUCAAGGCAGGUUACUUCAACUUCACCUCUGCCACCAUCACCUACCUGGCCCAGGAGGGGGGACAGGUCGUGGUGGGAUUCACCAGUGCUCCCGGGCAGGGAGGGAUCCUGGCCCAGCGAGACUUCGACAGGAGGUUUUCCCCUCACUUUGUGAGUACUCCAGGG